AAUGUAAGAAGAAUGUUGCUGGAUCAGGCCUAUCUAAUCUAUCAUCCUUUUCUCUGUGAAGCCCUUAAGGAAAAGACAGGAUCAGUUUGAUAAUUUAGACAAGCACACACAAUGGGGCAUUGACUUUCUGGAAAAAUAUGCAAAAUUUGUUAAAGAAAGGAUAGAAAUUGAACAGAAUUAUGCAAAGCAACUGAGAAAUCUGGUGAAAAAGUACUGCCCUAAGCGUUCAUCCAAAGAUGAAGAGCCGAGUGCCAGCAAUAAUGUGGCACCUUUCCCUCCAACCCAAGAGGUGAGCAGUCAAACAGGCAGCUGUCUUCAGAGCUGGUAGCAAACUUGUGCAGUAGAUCAUCCAUCGGGGUUCAUAGGAGUGGUAUGAUUGGCAUGUUCCACCCUCAAGAUCAAGCAAUUCAUCUCUGCAACAAGUUCAGCUUGCCAAGCCUAGGAAGUUAAGUCCAUUCCUAAGCUCAGUUCUUCCAUUUCGCAUCUUAGGAGAUACCACUAUACUGCAGGGCCUUCCAGGUUUACCUCAUGUAUAGCUUUUUAUAAUAUCCUUAAUGAGUUAAAUGACUACGCAGGACAGCGAGAAGUAGUAGCAGAAGAAUUGGGCCACAGGGUAUAUGGAGAACUGAUGAGAUAUUCUCAUGAUCUCAAAACAGAAAGAAAACUGCACCUUCAAGAGGGCAGAAAAGCUCAGCAGUAUCUUGAUAUGUGUUGGAAGCAGAUGGAUAAUAGCAAAAAGAAAUUUGAGAGAGAGUGCAGAGAAGCAGAAAAGGCACAACAGUGUUAUGAAAGACUGGAUAAUGAUACCAAUGCCACUAAAGCGGAUGUUGAGAAAGCAAAACAGCAAUUAAACCUGCGUACACACAUGGCUGAUGAAAACAAAAACGAGUAUGCUGCACAAUUACAGAACUUCAAUGGUGAACAGCACAAACAUUUCUACAUUGUUAUCCCUCAAAUUUACAAGCACCUCCAAGAAAUGGAUGAACGAAGAACCAUCAAGCUUAGUGAAUGCUACAGAGGGUUUGCAGAUUCUGAACGCAAAGUUAUUCCAAUAAUCUCAAAAUGUUUAGAAGGAAUGAUUGCUGCAGCAAAAUCAGUAGAUGAACGCAGGGACUCUCAAAUAGUAAUAGACUCCUUUAAGUCUGGUUUUGAACCUCCUGGAGACUUUCCAUUUGAAGAUUACAGCCAGCAUAUUUAUAGGACUGUUUCCGAUGGAACAAUCAGUACACCAAAGCAGGAAGGGAUGAAAAUCGAUGCAAAAACCACUGUGGGUAAAGCUAAGGGGAAGCUGUGGCUUUUUGGAAAGAAACCAAAGCCACAGUCUCUACCCCUUAGCCCUACUAGUUUAUACAAAUCCAGUGCUUCUAAUGGUGCCCAGUAUUCCAUAUUCUCCACUGAACAAAUGCAUUAUUGCAUGAGUGAAAUAAAAUCAGGGAGGCCCAGAAUUCCUUCUUUCAGAAGUCUAAGAAGGUGGUCGAUGAAGACGGGUCCUGCGCAAGAAGAUUUCAGCCACUUGCCGCCAGAACAAAGACGGAAAAAACUACAGCAGCGGAUUGAUGAACUUAAUAGAGAACUACAGAAAGAGACAGAUCAAAAAGAUGCUCUGAUCAAAAUGAAGGAUGUGUAUGAAAAAAAUCCACAGAUGGGUGAUCCAGGCAGCCUGCAACCAAAAUUGACUGAGACUAUGGGCAACAUGGAUCGUCUUCGAAUGGAAAUUCAUAAAAAUGAGGCCUGGAUUUCUGAAGUUGAAGGUAAAGUAGCAGCAAGAGGAGACCGAAGACACAGUAGUGACAUCAACCAUCUUGUAACCCAAGGAAGAGAGAGCCCUGAGGGAAGCUACACAGACGAUGCCAAUCAAGAAGUCCGAAGCCCACCGCAGCAGCAUGGCCCUCACAAUGAAUUUGAUGAUGAGUUUGAAGAUGAUGAUCCUUUGCCAGCUAUAGGACACUGCAAAGCGAUCUAUCCAUUUGAUGGUCACAAUGAAGGUACUCUCGCAAUGAAAGAAGGUGAAAUUCUGUACAUUAUUGAGGAAGAUAAAGGUGAUGGAUGGACAAGAGCUCGAAGGCAAAAUGGAGAUGAAGGAUACGUGCCAACCUCCUACAUAGAUGUAACACUAGAGAAGAACAGUAAAGGUGCAGUAACCUAUAUCUAGCCUUCAGUCCAUCUGCUUACCAGUGAACAAUCCUUAAUGAAUACUGAAGCACACACACAGUUGGAUGAGAAGUGUUACGCGCCUUUAAGAGAGCUUUCAGUCUGUUAUUCACUAUGUGAGCACAACCCAAGACGUCAGUCCUGAAACUGGAAGAACGUCUGUGUUUCGCAUAAUUUCUUCUACACCUUUUGGGCAGUGCCAUGUCUGACUGAUUUCUCUGUCUUUAUCUGCUUAUGGAGAUUUUGAGUGUUCUCUUUCAAUCGCUGAUCAGGUUACAACGUUUUCUUCGUUUCCUUAAUUUUAAAUUUUGUAAAGUUUUCUAUUCAUUUGAAGAUUUUAAAUGGAUGUUAAUUAUUUUUUAGAAUGCAUUGUUUGUUACAUUAGUAUAUAGUGCCUCUAGGCAAGUCCUCACCCCCUUCACAAACAUAAAACCUGUUCCAGUGUCUACUAAACUCAAUGUAUAUUAAACUGAAGAAGCCAAUCAACUCUUACUUUUAUUUUUCUAAAAGGCAGCCUUCCUCUUUUCAUUCCUUUGCCUGCUGCUGCAUCACAUGUAUUCCACGGCAGCAGCACAUAAUCCAGAACAGUGAAUUCUAGUUUAGAAGACAAAGGAGAAUUUUCUUCUGCAAGUUGUUUAAGUCCACUUUCUGCACACAGUGGGAGGGGUGGGAUGGGGAUUGCAGCUAAUAUUUACAAGCAUCUUUGCUCUAUAAACAUUUGUACAGGAUUUAUUUAGAAAAUUAUAUCAGUACUUGCAGAAAUGAUAAAAUAUGAAAGGUCAUUGGGAAAAAUAAACACGGGGAAUUUAGGGCAUGGUUUUGGCCUCUCUUUUUUAAAAAAAAUUGUGGCUUUUUAUGUGUAUUUACAGUGAUAUCUUUCUGCUUGGAUCUGUUACUAAGGUUGUUCAGUUCCUAAAAAGUAACUGCUGAACCUGUCCUUGAAUUUUUUUUUCAUGUCAGGAGCGACUUGAGAAACUGCAAGUUGCUUCUGGUGUGAAAAAGUCCUUGAAAAUGCUUCUGCCUGAUGUGCAUACGUUUAUGCAUCCCAAAGCCAUGUGCACACACAAGCCUUUGAAUUGGUGCAGAAGUCUCCAUUUUUCCAAUAGAAAGAGCCAGUGUGUAUGUGCAAAACGUGUGUGGAUGUAGAUCAGGUCACUUUUGUUUAAAAGAGAGUGUCUAUUGGAAAUGGAGUGUUCCUAAUGUACACCCUGAAGCCUCUGUGCCUGAAAACAGAUCAUUGGGUCAUGUGCCUCUUAAGUCUGAGGUAUGAGGGUGACUGUAAGCAGGAUGCUCUAAAUGUGGUUUAUUUUUGCUAGAAUUUACAUCCUUGGGAGGAUGAGCUUGGAAAGUCAAGUCAGACGAAUUCACAACGAAAUGAACUGCUGCCUGAAAAGUAGGAAGUACAGAAAGGUUAAAAAGACUGUACCAUCACUUGUGCAUACAGGGAUUUAUUCUCUAGCUUUUUGAGAUGGACUCUUUUUAUGAGUGCACUUUUUUCGUUUUCAAAGGCCUCCGGUAAUUCUGUUCUUCUCUGUUUUUUCCUCUUGGACUGCAGGUUCCUGAAGCGGGUUUCUGAGAAAAUGGGCGAGAUGUUGAAGGAGGUUACAUGCAGCUGCAUUUGGGGGGAGGGUGCUAGGCCCAGCAAGAUUAUUGGGGUUGGGGGGUGGGGGGUGGGAGCCAGUUGCAUGAAGGCAUGCAGGCAUACAUUUCCCACUAACAAGGCUGGUGUUUCUGUGUGUGUCCAAAAUAGUUGUGAUGAACUAAAACUCCAUUCCAACAGAACCCAACUGCCACCUGGCCUGAAAAGACAAUACUUUUCAUGGUCUCAAAAAACCAACUCACUCUUCACCAGUUGCAUUGUACCAUUUUUAGCUGUCUCAUUUUCCAUGCCCAGUUUAAACUGGCAUUCAGUCCAAACCAUGCCAUUGACCGUCUCUGCCUGUGCCACCUCCAUGCUCGCCCUAACCUUCUCUUGCAUGUCUAGAUACGUGUCGGGCAUGCUCACCUAAUGUUUUGUAUUUUCCAUAGCUCUUCCUCCUCUUCUGCAUUUGUAGCCCGUCCACUUUAUGUAUGUCUCCAGCACUAAAGGUGUUUUAUUUCCGUACCCAUUUAUGCUGCUAUAACGUGGUGUUUUCUUCCCUUCAUUGUGACCAUCGUUGCAUUCCAAUUCUUUGGCAUUAUAACUUAUUUGAACUUUACGUUCAUCGUGAUUUGGGGUAACAAGCACAUCUCAGCACUAGGCAACCGCGGCCCAUCUCCAGCACCUCAGUAGUUUCUCACAAGCACUGAAAACCUAGGAUAAGAGCACAGAUUUUUCCACUACAAGACAAACAACUGUCUCAGACGUCAAGUGCUUACCAUUCAGAUGCUGCCUUAAACUCUCGAGUGCCUAAAUCUGUUGAUUGCCAACAUGACCACGUCAGUAUCCCGCAAAGGGCUUUUGCUCCGUAUGACCUCCUGAAUCUAUCUUUCUACAGUGCUGCAGCUGCUGGUAGCCAAUGGUAGAUGUCUUCCUAGAGCUCUACCGUAACAUGAUACAUGGUGCAUUGUAAACUUUAUGUAUUGAACAUGUAUCAGUUUCAUUUUAUGUCUAAUGAAUGUGUUUUUAAUAGGAUUUUUAUGGAACAUUUUUCUCUUUCUGUCUUGAUUGUCCCUUAAUUUUUUGAGUUGGGGGGUUUGGGGAAGGACUCCAGUUUCUGAUUAACUGCAGUGCUUGUCUGUUUCCAAGUGAUGCUUCAUUGUAAGGACCAGGUGAAAAUUGGAGUGAUACUUCGUAAUGAUCUAUGUGCACUUUUACUUGUAAACCUUGAGAUUUGGGAAUGUUUAUACAUGUAAAUAUAAUUGUCUGCAGCACCCCCCCCCCAUGUUGUUCAUGUUGUUUUGUCUGCCAUUUGUGAAUUCUGUUAAUGAAAUCAUCCAACCUGUAAACUAAAUAGGAUAAGCUUAGAAUAGGGGAAGUAGUGGGGAGGGAGGAACCAGAUAAGACAAGUUUCCUAAGCCCAGCCUUUUCUGUUUGUGGUAAUAUUUAAGAAAUCUUUUCCUAGGGAUGAGGGUCGAAGCAAUAUUUGGACACAGGAGUGCUGGAUUCUUUUAGGAUUCUUUUUUCAGUGUUAUUAGCAAUUGUACUACCAGUAAAACUAAAUCUGUGUGAUUGUUGUGUGGAAGUUUUUCUUCCUUCUAUUAUUAAAUGUGCCACUAUUACACAGAUGACAUAGUGUAUUUACAUGGGGUGGGGAGGGUAAACACUAAAGUUUAGAAUUUUUGGACAUUGUAAACAGGGUUAUUUAUAUAUAAUGUGACCGUAACUCGUUACUGACAAAACUACAUGCAAUGGAUUUUUUUAGAAGAUUACUUUUAAUUUUUAAUGAUUAUUUCAAAGUUAAAAAUAAUAAUGACAGUAUGUUCUCAAUAUUUCUUUCAGCCAAGAGCCCUGUGGAUUUUGCCUAACAAACUUGUGGGUUUCUCACAACAUUUCUAGUAAAGGACUAACAGUUCUUUCAUUCUACUGUUUUUUUAGGAGCAGGAUAUGGUUCCUCAGAAGAUUUGUUUCCUGUGGUAUAAUGCAACAUUAAUGAGGGUAUUAAAUAGGAGGGGGGAUCUUUGUACUUGCACAGUUAGCUAAAAUCAUUAUUCUGAAAUUUUGAAUAUGAUUAAUUGUCUGAGUCUUACAACUUUCGAGUAAUUUUUAAUCUUUUUGUGCACGUGCUGAUUUUUAAAUGUUUUAAAAGCUUUGUUAAAAAUAGUGGUUCUCUUGAGAAUAUUUUCCUGAAAUUAAACAACCUUUUCAUGGC